GCUUUUGAUUUUUUUGUUGUUUAAUGCUCCUAUUAAACGUGUGUAUAACCGUUUUGUGUCUUCAAUGGCAUAUUUUGUUAUUUCAAAUACACUUUAGGGUUUGUUGGGUAAAAUCAGAAUUGAUGUUUUUAUUCCUUAGUUUUUUGUUUAAAAAUUAGGGCUUUGUGGAUAAUUGCCUAAUGUAUAUGUUAUGUUGUCAUUGUGCAGGUUUUGUAAAUAAAUGGAUAUAAUUGUAACAGUUCAAUUCACGUAUGGGGUGUCUUUUUGUCAGACCCUGAUUUAAGAAAAAAGAUUUCAGCAGUAGCUGUGGCAGUAAACCAAGUGUGCAAGCCAGCACUAGUACUGCAGCUGCUGCUGCUGAGAGAGAUGCAAAUGCUUCAAAAAUUGAAGAGAUGCCUGUAAAUGCUAAAUCAAGCAACAGAAGGCCUGCAGGAAGGCCUUUAAAUGCUCAAAGUGCACCAACAUGUUCAGGAAGGCCUGCAAAUGCUCACAGUACACCAACAGAUGUAGGAAGACAUGCAAAUGCUGCAUCAAUUGGUGGUGUGAGGCCUACACGUGCCUCAACAGCUGAUAUAAGGCCUGCAGCUGCUGUGAUGCCCACUACCACUUCAGCAGUGGGUGCUACUGCUACACAAUCUACAACUCAGCUGUUUACUAGUGGUGUUGGUGCCCAAAAGAGGAAGACUAGUACAACUUUGAGAGGUGGUGCAAAUCUGGCAUAUAAAAGACCAAGGCAAAAGAAGGCAAAAGAAGCAGGUUUUGGUGUGCUGUUUAGACCAAAUGGCAGUGUGGUAGAGAGGUCUGGAAAUACUGAUAGAGUAUUACAUAGUCCAACACUUAUUAGUUCAGUUCCAACCAAUAUUGACUUGGAUUUCGAACCAAAUGGACUAAGGUGGAAAGGUGGAGCUGCAAUAACUCAAAGACAGCUACAACAACAAAGUAGCAAAAGAUCAAAGACAAAGUCAUCUCCAACCACUCAAGCCACAUCAAGCACUCAAGCCAGCAAGAAUCAAUCCACAACAAGCACUCAAGCAACACAUUAG